AUGACUGGCACUCGUGAGUUCUUGUCUAAUGUAGAACUUUAUGAAGGUGGGCGUGUUACAUACGGGGGAGGUGAACAUGGAAACAUUAUCGAACGUGGAACGCUCAAUGUUGAAGGCCUCCCAAAGCUCCAGAACGUGUUGUUGGUUGAUGGACUUAAGGCUAACUUGAUUAGCAUAAGCCAACUUUGUGAUGAUAAUCUCCAUGUUAAAUUUGAUAACACAGCACCUGAGGCGAUACGUAUCUCCGACGAGCAGAAUAUCAUUCUCGAAGCUGAGACACAAUCUGAUGUGAAUGUUACUGAUCCCCGAGUCGUUCGAAUAUCUCUUCAUUUGUUGCAAUCCGUUGGUGAGGUGGUGGGAUGUCGAAUCCAGAUCCAGCUGUUGGCUCCAGAUUUCGCGGCAACAGUCUUGGGAUGCCAUCUGUAUGUCGGUACCGGGUGGCCCACAUGCCUUCCAGACACAGUGCAGGCCCCACCGCAUACAGCUGUGAUGCCAGCAACAACCAAGGCACCUAUUUGGAAAGGCUUAGAGGAGGACUGGUGGCGCUUUCUGCUGCCCGCCGUAAUUAUGCCUAUGAUGAUGAUUCAUCUGAUUCUGUCACGAGCUCGGAAGUCACCACCCAGGGGUAAUGACAAUAUUUUACCCGAGAGAAGGAACUAUAAUCCAGGGCCUGAUACUGAUUCGUCGAGUGCCAGCAAGGAUCGUACGAGAGGGGGGCAGCAAAUCAAAUUCUCCGAUGAUGAUAUUCCGAGUGCGCCUCCACUAGCUGGUUCUUAUCAGAAGCUGAGUGAAAUUUCUGGAAAAAGUGCUACUGAUAUUACCUCUCGCUUGGCAAAAUCUGAAGUCUCUGCUGAUGGGAUUGAACCUAACAAGUGCAGAAGCUCAAAGUCAGAAGUGGAAGCUUGUGAAAUGUCUGCUAGGAACAAAGGUUCAUCUUCGAAUUCUUUGCCUGCUCGGUACCCUACGUUUCAUGCGAGUGGGCUUGGCUAUUGGUACUCUGUACUCUCAUACGAUGCUUGUGGCAGCCUCUGUCUCCACUCCUGGGCUAAGGGUUGUAUGGAAGCUCCUCCAUUUUUGGAAAGCGAAUGUUCUCUGUUGAAGGAAGCAUUUGGAGGAGGAACUCAUGAAGAAGGAUUCUUCAGAUAUUGCGGUGCAGGAGCUUAUGUGAAGAAUAAGAAAACCAUUGGGAAAAUUAAAGUGCAAGUUUGUAAAGUGAGAAUGGGCGUGGAGCCACCCACAGGUUACUCAUUCACAUCAAUAAAAUCUUCAUCUAUGGUAAAGUUGGACUCACUUCAGCUCCGGCUAUCAAAUAUGCUAUCUAUUGUGACGGCUGAGAGGAAGGCUUUAAAGAGAAAUCGUAUAAUCCCCGUAAUGACUGUCAAUGGCUCUUUGUUACCGCAAAAGAUGGCAUACAUAAUUGUUGGGACUCGUAGAUACUUGAAAGAAGUACCUGAGCUUAUCAAGAUCGGCUUUAGUGCUUGGCGUCGCACUUCAGCAUCCUAUGAAGUUGUGCAAGGUCCGUCUACUGGGAAGGUGUCUGAACAAAUUGAGCAGAUACUCACUUUAGUUUUCGAAAACUACAAGUCGUUGGACGAGUCUGCCCCCUCGGGAAUUGCUGAUGUGUUCCGGCCUGCUACGGGGGAGGCUGCCCCUGCCCGAAGCUUUACAAACUUCUGUAUGACAUUCUCUCGCCUGAAGUGGAGCUCAAAAUGUGCAGAUAUUUUCAGUGGCGCUUUCUACAGCGUACAAGAAGAUGAUACGAAAUGGAUGAAGACCCUCUGCCUCAAUAUACGAAAUGAGAUUUUGACCGACAUCGAGAUUCAUAAGCAGGAUCUUCUUCCUAGUUUUAUGGAUCUCCCGAUCCUGUCAUCAUCUAUCUAUAGCACAGAACUGUACAGCAGAUUACGGGCCUUCCUCGUCUCAUGCCCUCCUGCCGGGCCAUCACCACCAGUUGUAGAACUCGUGAUGGCCACCGCUGAUUUUCAGAGGGACCUUUCUUUGUGGGACGUCAGGUAA